AUAAGAUAGGACAGAUAAACUUCUCCAUAUAUAAACUGAUCCAUUAUGGUCGACGAAUAUUGAAAAUGUUUGAGUUUUUAUUCAGAAUAUAUACAAUUGCAACUUAUUUACCGUUCUUCAUUAAAAACUGGAGAUUAUUUAAAAUGCUUCAACCACACUUAAGUAAAGGCGUCGAGUAUCCAGAGUUGGCCCCUGGCAAGAUGCGUCUUUACAGCAUGCAAAUUUGCCCAUACGCACAGCGAACAAAAAUGGUGCUGCUGCAUAAGGGCUUAGAGCACGAGACGGUCUUCAUUCACCUUCGGAACAAGCCUGAUUGGUACGUAGAGAAAAUCAACCCAUUGGGCGAGGUUCCUGCUAUUGAACUGGAUGGCAGGGUGGUCUACGACUCUCUUAUAGUGAACGAUUACCUUGACGCAAAGUACCCUGACAAUCGCUUGAACCCUGAGGACCCCUAUCAACUUGCACAAGAUCGGAUGCUUCUGGAACGAUAUGGCGGUGUGAUCAAGAUGUUUUACAAAAUCUUCUUCAACUUUUGUGAAGAUAAAGAAAGCGUUGAACAAACGUUGGAGGCUUUGGACAAAUUUGAGGUAGAAGUCAAGAAGAGGAAAACCCCAUAUCUCGGUGGAGAAAAACCGAUGAUGAUUGAUUUUAAUGUGUGGCCUCAUUUGAUGCGGAUUCCUUUGAUUUUCUACGCAUUCGUACCGGAAGUGACACUCGAUGCUGACAGGUACCCAUCUCUGACGUCAUGGAUGAACAAAAUGGAGGAACUUCCGGUCGUGAAGGAAACAAACAUUGAAAAAGACAUGUACAAAAUGUUUUUAUACAAUAUGCAAUUGAAGAAAAUCACUCAAUGAAAAGAGAAGUAAGCAACGCAAAUAAAUAUACAAAGACUUAAUGGCACUUACUGUUUUAUGCAAAUGGUGAUAAUGUGUGUUUGACCAUGACGCGUUUAAGCUUUUUUUCAUUCGUCAUUAUCACAUUGUAAACUAUUCAUUAAUUCUUAAGCACUUAUAUCGAAGUUCUUUUCACAUCGAAGAUGUCACAAUCUCAUGCAUAUUAUAUGCCAAAGAUGUAAAUAAAAAAUGGAAACUUGAAACAUGUCUUUUAAGGA